AGUACCUACUUAAACAUUGAGAUUUUAGUAAAAUAUUUAUGCUUUGACUUAUGAACGAAUUAAAUAUCAAACAAUUUCCUGUAACAGACAAUGGCCAUAGAUCACGUAUUUUUUUUUUUAUGAAAAUGAAAAACAUCUUAAAUAUAUGAAAGAGGACACUUUACUUUUACAGUAAAAAUCAGUUAUAAAUUACUUAUAACCUAAAAAUACCUGUUGUAGAAAUUUAUAGAUAGUAAUAAUAAUAUAUUAAUCAUUUUUUAAUCUUUUUUUGUUUAUUUUUAGUUGAAAUUCAGUUAACAUAGGUAUAAGUGCCAUAACAUCGAUAUUCCAUGUUAUAAAACGUAUCUCAUAUCAUAUAUUACUGAACUCCUGUACAUUAUUAAUACAUUAAGCGUAGGCAAUAUAUAUUUUUAAAGAUUUUGAUUUGAGUCUGUAUAGGUUUAUGAAUUAUGACACGUGUGUUUAUUGUCUAUGAUGUCCAAAGUUAAUUGACUGCUGCAAUAAAUAAAUAGUACAAUAAUUUUAGUUAUAAUCCUGAAGUUUUAAUAAGUUUCCCAUUUUAAAGGCAUUUUAAUUGAGCUCUUCACUUAUUAUAAUAAGUGUACCUAUAGGUACAGUAUGUCUUUUUUACUACAUUGAUAUUUUUUUUAAUUUUCUAAUGUAAUAAAUAUAAUACUUUCUAUUCUAAACCAUAAUUUAACGUCUAUACAUAUUAACAAUACCAAGAAAUAAGCUUAACUUUAAUAUGCAGUGACAUGUGCAUUUUUCUAUGACCAAAACAUUACAUUUUUAUAAACGUUAAUAUAUUAGGUACGUUUAUUACAUGAAAUAAUAAAUGCUAUUAAUUAUAAUUCAGACAUUAAAAAUAUAAAGUAUAAUAUGAUCAUCGUUAUAAUUAACGUGUGAAUGUUUUGUUUUCUAUAGACCUUGAUUUAAAUAUAGUAGAUAUACUUACUAGAUAUAUUAACUUUCGCUAAUAUAAUAUAUAAUACAAUAUAUAUAUAUUAUAUACCUAUAGAUACUAAUUUAUUAUAAUAUGUACAUGUAGCCAUGCCGUAUUAGUAUAACACUGUAGAUUGAACCAAAAGUAUCGCAUAUGUUAGUACUUAGUAAGUAAUUAUGAAAAUAUUAUUUCAUAUGAUAUUACUUGUUGUUAAUCAAUACUGAUCAAUAGCUGGUUGAAUAGGUCGUGGUAUAAAUAGUUUAAAAUUUAACCUAAAUAUUUUUGUAAACUUCAUUGUGUGUAUAAAAAAUAUUUAUACACAUAGUAAUAUUAUACUUACCUAAUGGUGAAAAGUUCAAUCACACCAAAAUAACUAAAACCGCUGAAUAAUCAGUUCGUCAUGUUUGAAGUUCAAACACUUAUAAUAUGUUAAUGGGAUAAACACUAAACUUUUUUUUUAAUUCUUCUCAUUCUCCUUUAUUAUUUUUGAUAUUAUAUUCCCGUUUUUGAUUAUUAUAUUUUUAGAUUUUUCCAAUUACUAUGGAAUUAACUGGAAAUAGUCUGUUUAAAGCCAGUAUUCUUCAAUACCAAGUAGAUUCAAUUUGGUAAAAGAAACCACUCUCAAAGUUGAUGAUCGAAUCAUUGAUUGAAUAGGUAUACUGUUAAAAAAAAACCGACAUAAAAAUUUAAAAAAAUGUAAUGUAAUAACUCAAGAAUCAUUAUAAAACUAAUUUUAAAUUUAUUUAGAUACUGGCAUUUAGUACGAACGGUGUCGGUGAUAUUAUAAUUUGCGAUUAGUUUAUGUGUAAAGAAUGUCAUAAAAAAACUCGUAAGGUAACUUAGAUUCUAGUAUCAGUUGGAUAAGAAACGAUUCCGCAUUUUACUUAUGAUGAAGGACUAUAAUAACGAUGUGCAUUAAUAUAUUAUUUACUCAUUAUUUCGUUUUUUUUUUAAUUUCUCGUAAGCCAUCUAAGGGACUUAAUAUUCAAAAAACAUUAAUUAUAGCUGACAUUGAAACACAUUUGUGGAUUAAGAGUCACGUGGUUUAUCCUCGGAACCGCCCCUCUUCUUAGAGAUUUUAGUAUAGAGCGUGAUUCGCCAAGUAUGCUCCAUCCCUUUUUUCUUCUUACCUAAAAAUGAAAUUAUUCAAAUCCUGGUUUUGGGAACUUUUAAUUAUACUUAAGGGCCAUAUUUUUAAAUACAUAUAGAUUUGUCUUUUAUCAUGGGGUAGUAUCCCUUUUUGCCUCUAAAUUGUUAAUUGAACUUUUAAAAACGUUGAUGGGUCUUAUCGAUAAACGAACGAGUGGCUUUGUGUUCUAAAGUCCAUGAUAAGGUCGUAAUGGAUUUUGACGAUAUGGGAGCUACGAUGAUUUCUCAAAAAGCUUAUUAAUUGAUAAAGUUCAUCAACAUAUUAUAGUUAAUACUAAAGUACUAAUAACUUAGAAACUGCAUGUUCGACAUAUUUUGAUUUAGAAAGGUACAUAACGCUACUGUCACUGCAAUACCACGUAAAUAACAUUUUUUUUGAAAAUGACAUUUUGGUAUCACUGUAUAGAUUAUAAUUUUCUCUAUCACUUUUAUUAUGUACCAUGAGUCCAUUAUAUUGUUUUUUCCCGCUCAAAUUAAAGGUUUUGUGAUACCACGUAUUACAUUUUGAUUUUGAUAACACGUAUCUACCAUAAUGAACAUUAUAAUAAUAUUAUUCAACAUAAACGCUGGUGGAGCUAGACUGCUAGUCUUAAGACAGUUCAGCACUAAUAAUAUUGAACGUCUUACUAUACAGCAUUAUACAUCAUGACAUCAAAAAGAAGAAUUAAACACCUAUUGGAGCUUGCUAAUGAAGCUAGUAAUAAAGAUGACGCUAUGAACAACAUUACAUAUAAAAAAAAAAGUAAGACAAAUAUUACCAAUUUCUCUAAUAAGAAACCAAAAUAUGAAACUAAUUUAAUAGCCAAUUCAACUAUUUCAAAAACAAAAUAUGAAGUUUUAACAGAAGAUUCCUUAAAGGAUAUUGAAUUCAUUUAUGAGAAUGUUGUAACUUCUAUAAAUGAACCAGAUAAUAUUUAUAAUGAAAAUAAUUUAAAUGUUCCUAAUAAUACUGCACCAACUAUUGAAAAUCAAGUUGAUGAUAGUAUUUAUAACAAGACUGACUGUAUAAUUAAUUUUGAAACUGAUAAUUCUGAAUUUAAUAAUUAUGAAGAUUGCUUAAAGGAUAAUAUUGAAUUAACUUAUGAACAUGUAGAAGUUGUAACUUCCAUUGAUGUACCAGGUAAUAUUUCUAAUGAAAAUAAUUUAAAUGUUCCUAGGAAAAAUCCAUCACCCUAUGAAUCCCACUCUGUUAACUAUUCAGAUUUCUAUGACUACAAAAAAUUGAAUUAUUAUAAGUCUAUCCGACCUGGGCGAUCAAAGGGUGACCCUGAAGUUCGAAAUAUAAGAGCUCUUAAAUAUGAUCCCACAACCAAAAAAAUAUAUUACAAAAUAAAUUUUGAACAUGAAUAUACAGAAUUACCCCAGUACCAUCGAACAAAAAAAACUAUAGAUCUGUCCAUCAACACACCUUGUUUGUAUAAUAGCAGAAUUCCUAUUACUCUGUCCAAGUGGAAUGAUCUCCAAAAAUUAAAAACGGUUCUACCAACUGAUGUCCACGAUUAUUAUGACAAUAUACCUCACUUAAAGACUUAUAAAGAAAGAAAAUGUGAUAAAAUUUAGUUAUUAUGUUUUUUUUUUUUUUUAUAAUUAUUAUUAUG